CCGGCGCUGAACGUCGCGCGCGCGCCCUGCAAGAUCUUCGGCGACAUCCACGGCCAGUUCCGCGACCUGCUGCUCUUCUUCGUCGAGUUCGGCUGCCCGAGCCACCGCUGCGGCGACGUCGAGUACUGCGAGUACGUCUUCAACGGCGACUGGGUCGACCGGGGCCACCACCAGCUCGAGUGCGUGCUGCUCCUCGCGGCGCUGAAAGUGCGCUACCCGCGGCGCAUCCACCUGAACCGGGGCAACCACGAGUCCGCGGAGAUGAACGCGGGCAUGUCCGCGCGCGGCGAGAGCGGCUUCGACGCGGACGUCUUCAAGGUCAUCCAGGCCGAGUUCUUCCACUGGCUGCCCGUGGCGACGGUCAUCGAGUCCGCCGUGCUCGUCGUCCACGGCGGCAUCGGCGACGGCAAGUGGACCCUCGGCGAUUUGUCCGAGAUCCCCUACCCCGUCGAGGAGCCCCGGGACCACCCCCUGGUCUGGCAGCUGCUCUGGAGCGACCCGGACUGGCGCGGCGACGGCGAGGAGGCGCGGGGCGUGCACGAGUCGGAGCGCGGCUUGGACGUCAAGGUCUUCGGGCCGGACGUGAGCCGCGCGUUCUGCCACAUGAACGGCCUCAAGUGCGUCGUGCGGUCCCACGAGUACGUGCCCCAGGGUGUGAUGAUCCAGCACGGCGGCUACCUCGCGACCGUCUUCUCCGCGCGCGACUAC